AUGUCCUUCCAAGACAGUGCCUGCAAUAUCUACCUCGACUCCGACCCCGGUGACACGGACAGAAAGACCUCCCUAUCAGCAACCUGCAACAAUGACCAAGGAACCGGCAUGACCAGUCAGCUUAAGCUUGACGAGGCUCUGGGAAAUCAGGACGGUCGAUUCAGCUGGGAUGGCCAAAAUUUCAGUAAUACCGCUCGCAAUGUUAGAUUGGGCAUGGAACAACGGGAACCGGUGCUUCAUGCGGAGCUCAAGAAUGAGUCAGGGGAGUAUACGGGGAGUGAUACUCAGUUGGGUGAGCAUGUUGGGAAUGUAGAUGGGCAGCUGCGGUGGAAUAGUUGA